CCAUGUAUCCCCUUAUAUGUAAUUUCUUAAACGUUUUUCGAAAAAAACCACAUUAAACACAACAUUUGUUAUUAUACAUAUACAUCACAUCAUUAUCUAAAAAAAACCACGUCUUUCCUGCAUUUUUAUGCCAAUUUAAAACCCAUCAGGACUCUUAUUUUGAACUACAACACCACCGUAGGCUGUAACGCAGGCGAGGCGCCGUCGACACGAGUCCGGGAACAUGAAGAGAUCGGGUGACAGUGAGGGAGAGAAGAGGAGAAAGAGGCGCAAGCUUCUGCAUGUGCUAGGAGACACAAAGAUCCCCUACCUAGGACCUUCAGAUGGGGGUUUCCAGCACCUGUGGGACUCCAGCUACUCGGGCCUGGUGCUGCGGCCGUCCUGCUCCCUGCCCACGGAGCUCCACGGCCGGGUGCAGGCCGCGCUGAGCACCCUGAGGACCAAGGGCUGCUUGCUGCGGGACCUGGUGCGGGUCCGCGACCGGGACGUCUUCACCAGCGUGUCCCGGGCCCUGCUGGGGCAGCCGGGCCACACCUACCGCUACCUGGACACGCGGCUCUUCGCCAUCCCCUGGCACACGGAGGAGGGGGGCGGUGGUGGCGGCGGCGGCGGCGAGGAGGCGAAGGCGGGCUCCCCGCGCUGCUGCGACCCCGACAUGAGGGCCGCCUGCCAGGCCCUGUGGGCCCUCAACAGCUUCUUCUGCACCGACGUGCCCCGCAGGGAGCCCGAGGAGCGGCUCGACCUGUUCAUCAAGGCCGAGGGCGUGGUGGGGAAGGGGGCGGAGCCGGCGGAGGACGCCGAGUCCAAACACAGCGGGGAUUCCAAGCACAGCGAGGGCGGCGACUCCAGGGGGUCCCGGCAGAGCGAGGAGGACGGGGGGGGCACCGGCGAGUCCAAACACAGCGACGAGUGGGACCUGGAGUCCAGGCACAGCGACGAGGGCUGCUGCCCCGGGGCCGGCCCAGGGGCACGCUGGGAAACGGAGUCCAAGCACAGCAGCGAGGGCGAGGGGGGGUCGUCUCAGGCCGUGCCAGGGCCCUCCAAGGCGGGGGGGUCCAAACAGUGCGAGGGGAAGUGCCCCACGUGGACGCAUAAGACGGGGGAAAGCACGGAGGCUGAGAGGGGCGGGGCCAAGCAGAAGCCGGUGACGGACCUCAAGCGCACCCUGUGCGACUACCACAUCGAAGACGAAGAGGAGGAGGAGCAGGAGGAGCAGGAGGAGCAGGAGGAGCAAGAGGAGCAGGCGGCCCCCCCCACCCCCCCCGGGAGGUGCACGGCGCCGCCGCAGUUCAACGUCACGCUCCUGAACUUCAUGGACCCGGCGGCCAUGAGGCACCUGAAGGAGGAGCCGUACUACGGCAUGGGCAAGAUGGCGGUCGGCUGGCACCACGACGAGAACCUGAUCGCCCAGUCGCCCGUCGCCGUCUACAGCUACAGUUGCCAUAGCGACGCGGGUGAGGGCGGCGAAGGAGCCAGCAAGGAGGUGUCGCGCUGGCGGAUCGGCCUGAAGGUGGCCUGGGACAUCUACACCCCCGGUCUGGCCCUGCCCCUGCAGUCCGGAGACUGCUACUACAUGAGAGAUGACCUGAACACCACUCACCAGCACUGUGUCCUGGCAGGAGACAACGCCCGCUUCAGUUCCACCCACAGGGUGGCAGAGUGUUCAAAGGGGACCCUGGAGUACAUCCAGUCCCGCUGCACGGAGGCCCUGGCAAACCUUGGUGUGGACCCCGAGAGCGGGGCCCACAGCCUGCGCUCCCUGCUGCCCCUCACGCUCAAGCACUGCGAGGACAUCCACAACGAGGUGGAGUUCGAGUGGCUCCGGCAGUACUGGUUCCAGGGCCAGCGCUACACCCGAUUCUGCAGCUGGUGGAGCGGGCCCAUGGAACAGCUGGAGCGGGACUGGAAGCUGAUGGAGACCAUGACCAUGCUCUUCCUGUCGGCGGUGGAGGACGAAGGACAAGCCGGGGAGAGCAGGCGGGAGAUGGCCGAGACCCUGCUGGCGGCCCUGACCAAUCGGCAGCAGCAUCGGCAGACGUGGAGGGACAGGUGCCACUCCAGUCUGGCCCAGACCCUGUGCCCUGAGGAGGCCCCGGUGGACCGGCCCUUCUGGGGCCCGGACCAUCCCAGCAUGCCGCUGCCCUUUGACCUGGCCGACAUCGUCAACCGGUCCCUUCUGUGGAGGUGGGUGGGUCAUCGCCAUGCACUUAAGGACAGAAUGUGAAGGAAACGGAUGAAGUGAGGAAUGAGGGAUCCACCAGGAGAGAGAUAGAGGGGUAAAAGAAGAAAACAAGCAGCAAAUCAGCCCUGAAGUCUAAUCUCCGCCAUCAUCAAGUGACCCCACUCCAAUGCAUCCACCCUUCCUACUGAACACCCACCCCUUUAACCCCCGCACCCUUCUCCCCUAACUACCCAUGGCCCCCAGUACAUCCACAUCGCCGUCGGAGCCACGGCCACCCGCGACCUAGAGAGGGUGGCGUCGACAGUGGCUAGGAGCUAACGCUAUGCUAGGAGCUAACGCUAGGCUAGGAGCUACAGCCACUCGGCCAGGCUAGGAGUGCUUCGGUAGCUGACAAAGCUGCCGUAUUUUAGUUUGUCGUGCUGGCCUGACAAGAUGUACCUUUCUUUACCCGCAUUGCAGUGUUUCCUCUCGACAUGAGGGUAUUCCUCGUCUCCGAUACUCCGUUGCUUGAUCUCAUGUAACCCAGAUAGGCUUUGUACGGGGAUGGCCUCUGAAUAUUCAUGGUCCCAGUAGUGGUAGGCACAGUACAUGUAUGUAUGUGUGUGUGUAUGCUUCCUCCUGAAACGGUUAUUAUACAGCGUCACCUUUCCACAGAGCAGUACAUAACCACGCUGAUCAUGAUGAGGACUUUCUCACUUUCUAUUGCAUUGUUCACUUUCACUUGGUAGCUUUGCCCUUUUUGUGUUCAGACAUGAGGAUGAGGAGGAUGAGACUGAAGAGACCAAAGAGUUGUUGUGAUGAAGGAUGAAGGAUGAACGUCACCCAGUGGGGGAAAAUAAGGAAUGUGUUCUUUCAUGUUUACAGUAUGAUAGUGUGCUUGAUGUGCGUGUGCUUGUGUGUGUUUGCCUGCAUGUGUGUGUGUGUGUGUGUGUGUUUUCCUGCAUGUGUGUGUGUGCGUCAGUUCCUGUGCUUGUCAGUUGUUGAGACUGUGCACAGCGUCAAAGACGGUUUCUGUGGUAGUCUUUGUGCAAUGACUGGAGACUUUUUUUUUUCUAAAAAAAAAGUUGUUUUUUUCUUUGAGUUUUUAUUGUGUAUGCAUGAGUGUGCGUUGGCACAUGCCUUUUUGUGUGCAGUUGUGUUUUCAAUCACAUGUGCACUGAGGUGUGUGUGUCUGUCUUCCGGUGUGUGCAUUUAUAUGUGUGUGUGUGUGUGUUUGUCUACCAGUUUGUGUGCAUGUAUGUGUGUGUUUAUGUGUGUGAGUGUGUUGUACACAUGUGUGUCCCUAUGCAUGUGUGUGUGUGUGUGUGUGUGUGUGUGUGUGUGUGUGUGUGUGUGUGUGUGUGUGUGUGUGUGUGUGUGUGUGUGUGUGUGUGUGUGUGUGUGUGUUUGAGUGCAUACGUUAUAUGCAUGUGUGUGUCUGUGUGUCCGCGUGUGUGUGUGUGUGUUCAUGUGCUCGCGUACGUGCGUUUGCGUUUGUGUGUGUGUGUGCGUGUGCGUGUGAAUGUCUCUCCAGUGUUUGCGCUGCCAGACGUGGAUGUGAGGGAGCAGACAGAGCAGCGGGGCGAUCGCUGCCUGUGCUCUGAUGAAAGGCAGCGCUCACGGAAUGACCCGGAACCCAGCCGUCGCUUCUCAUAAUUACAGCUGUUCAGUCGCUUUUAAUUACUCUUUAAGCGUGUAGAGCAGCACACUCCUCUGUAGCGCUGCGGGCCAUCCGAGGAAGAGCGGGAGACACGAGAGAGAUCCGCCGCUUCUGAAAAAAAAUAAAAACUUUUUCCACGAGGCAAAAAACAUGGUUGAAAGAAGUGGGCGGAGUCUGACGCGCCGCGAAGGCC